CCGUUUUUCUCUAUUAAUAGUGAAAAUUUUGCGCCGUCGUCGUCGCACCCGUUCAUCGCAAAGAAGAUCCGGCGGCGUUGAAGCCUUGUAGCAGCCAGGCAUUUAGUUGAGAUAGAUAUAGAGAGAGAGAGCUAUUUCCUCUGUGCAUAAGUGACGGGCAGAGAUUUGGGGAAGAAGAAAACUGUGUGCAUUUAACGCCCAAGCGUUUGAUUUUCUGACUAUUUCCAGUUUCGAAGCUGAAUCGCGUUAGAAAAAUCCAAUCAAACUGCAUUAACUGAAGGUAAUACUGCCUAUUUGAUUCCUUUUCAUAAAACCCUUAUAAAUCUCAUUGCAUUUCUGAUGAUCCAUUCACAAAAGCUUAGAUUCCAUUCCUUUCUUAAACGGAAUCACCUUCCAUUACAAGAAUCAUUUUUACGGCCGACUGUAUCUCAUCACAUUACAGAAACCAUUAGGUUUUAUGGAAGUAGAAAGUUAGUUCCUUCCGACAAUAACCCAAUUCAAGAUGACACUUCAGCUUCCAAUACUUCUUCUUCCGCUGUUUAUGAAGCCCAAACCGCUUUAUUAGAAUACCUUCAUUCCACUAGAGGCUUCUUAUUCACAGAUGCAGAGUAUAUUAGUCAUCAUUCACCUCUUUAUCUUCAGAAAUUGUUAAAAAGAGUUAAGAUUGAUGAAGAUGUAAAACGUUCCAUUACCAGAUUCUUAAGGUAUCACCCCAUUAAUGAAUUUGAACCAUUCUUUGAGAGCUUAGGUUUAAACCCUUCUGAAUACUCUUCCUUUCUUCCUCGUGACUUAAUGUACCUUGAUGAUGAUCAGACCUUACUACAAAGCUACAAUCUUUUAUGUAACUACGGUUUUCCUCGAAGUAUGUUGGGAAGGAUAUACAAGGAGGCAAUGGAUGUAUUUAGAAGUGAUCAUAAUCUGCUUCAGUCCAGGCUUCAAGCGAUAGAACAGAAUAUUGGUCUGAGCCAGGAUCUAGUUGUGAAGAUUGUUUGCUCAAGUCCAUGUCUUUUAAUGGGUGAUCUUGAUCGUGAUCAAUAUGUUCUAAAGAUGUUGGACAGGUUGAAGAGUGUAAAGAUAGAAGUCGAUUGGAUUUCAAAUCAUUUAGAUGUUGUAUACAAUUGGAAACUCUUGCUCGAGCUUCUAAACCUACUCAGCAAUAUAAUUUCCUCCGAUGAACAGUUAAGAAACUUGAUCUAUCAGAAUCCGGGUCUUCUCUUUGAUUCUUCGGGAAACACAACUUACUCGUUGAUUUCCUUCUUGUUGAAAUUUGGUUGGGAUAGAAACGAAUUGCGUUCUUUCCUCUUAUCUUUCCCUCAAAUUAAUUUCGCUGAAUUUGUACGCAACUUUAGAAGAAGCUAUCGGUUUUUAGUUGAAAUAGAUAUGGAUCCUCAAGGUAUAGGAAAUAUUGUGUCUGAGCAUCCUCUAUUGCUAGGUUCAUGUAACUUACCAUCAGCUUCCGGUAUACUUAAAACCCUUCAAACCGAGAACAUGAGGCUAUGUGAUAUCAUAAACGAGAAUCCUCUCAUAUUGAAGGAUGUAUUAGGGUUAAAGGUUAACUCAUUGCCUACCUUGAACGAAGAGUCUCAUGCAAUGAGGGCAAAGUUCUUAUUAGAAUUGGGUUUCUUCAAGGACUCAAACGAAACAAAAAAGGCUCUCAAGUUGUUUCGAGGAAGUGGGAGGGAACUUCAGGACAGGUUUGAAUUUCUCAUCAAAAUUGGUAUUAGUAAGGAAGAUGUUAUUGGAAUGAUCAAAGUAGCGCCACAGAUUCUUAAUCAGUCGAAAGAGUUGAUGGAGAUGAAGAUAGAUUUUAUUGUUAAUGGUUUGGGUUACCCAUUAUCGGCUGUGGUGAACUUUCCAUCGUGUAUUUGCUAUACGAUUCAACGGGUGAAGCUUAGGCUUUCCAUGUAUGGUUGGCUUAGAGAUAAAGGAUCGGUAGAGGCUAAUCGAUCAUUUUCUACCCUUCUUUCGAUCUCAGAUGAUGCGUUUAUGAAGAGGUAUGUUGAUAAACACUCAAAAGGUAAUGCUAUGUGGAAGAAAUUGAAAGAACAGUUUUGUUCUAGUUGAGAUUAACUUGUAUUCUUAAAUUUGUUAUUUCCAAGUGUUUUAAACCCUUGGUAUAUACAUUGUUUGUAUUAUUAGGAGUUGUUUUUACAUUAUGAUGGUUAGAAACAACUUAUGACUAAUUGUCCUCUUAAGGUGAUGUUUAACAAUUCAUUGCUUCAUUUUAGCAUAAUA